AUGAGGAGGGACACCAAAAGGCAUCAAGUGAUGAUGCAGAAUGUCCAUCGUCGUGAUCUUCGACAAGGAUCCGUACCAAUGUCAGGAAUAGCUGGUAUUCAUGGUCCGCACACCGUUGUAACGCCAUACAUGAACAAGUUCAGGCUGAUGUAUCAAAUUCAGUCAUGA